AUGUUUCUUACCGUGUACCUCAGUAACAACGAGCAGCACUUCACGGAGGUCCCCGUCACUCCCGAGACAGUGUGCAGAGACGUGGUGGAUCUGUGCAAGGAACCCGGCGAGAGCGAAUGCCACUUGGCUGAAGUUUGGGGUGGCGCUGAACGUCCGGUUGCUGAUAACGAGCGGAUGUUUGAUGUUCUGCAACGAUUCGGGAGCCAGAGGAAUGAAGUUCGUUUCUUCCUCCGCCAUGAGCGGCCCCCUGGCAGGGACAUCGUGAGUGGACCCAGGUCGCAGGAUCCAAAUUUAAAAAGAAAUGGUGUAAAAGUCCCUGGUGAACACCGAAGAAAGGAGAAUGGCGUGAACAGUCCAAGGACGGAUCUGACUCUUGCCGAACUUCAGGAAAUGGCAUCUCGCCAGCAGCAGCAGAUUGAGGCCCAGCAGCAAAUGCUGGCUACCAAGGAACAGCGCUUAAAGUUUUUGAAACAACAAGAUCAGCGGCAGCAGCAACAGGCUGCCGAGCAGGAGAAGCUGAAAAGGCUGAAAGAAAUCGCGGAGAGUCAGGAAGCUAAGCUGAAGAAAGUGCGAGCGCUUAAGGGCCACGUGGAACAGAAGAGACUGAGCAACGGCAGGCUGGUGGAGGAGAUCGAGCAGAUGAACAGCGUGUUCCAGCAGAAGCAGAGGGAGCUGGUCCUGGCCGUGUCCAAGGUGGAGGAGCUCACAAGGCAGCUGGAGAUGCUCAAGAACGGCAGGGUCGAUGGCCGCCAGGACGGCCAGUCUGCAGUGGCCGAGCUGGAUCGCCUCUACAAGGAGCUGCAGCUGAGAAACAAGUUGAAUCAGGAGCAGAAUGCCAAGCUGCAGCAACAGAGGGAGUGCUUGAACAAGCGCAAUUCAGAAGUGGCCGUCAUGGACAAGCGCGUGAACGAGCUGAGGGACCGGCUGUGGAAGAAGAAGGCAGCUCUCCAGCAGAAGGAGAAUGUGCCAGCCUCCCCUGACGGGAACCUCCCCCAGCAAGCGGGUGCAGCGCCCAGCCGCGUGGCUGCCGUGGGCCCCUAUAUCCAGUCUUCUACCAUGCCGCGGAUGCCCUCGAGGCCGGAGCUCCUGGUGAAACCAGCCCUGCCGGAUGGCACCUUGGCCAUGCAGGCUGCCGAGGGACUGAUGAAAAUGCAGACGCUGCCAAACAUGAGAGCCGGGGCCGCCCAAGCGAAAGGCUCGAAAAUCCACCCGGUCGCCCUUGAGUGGAAUCAUUCAAAUGCAGACCUUUUCCCCAGCCAGAGUUUUGCUCCUGGACCUACAAGCCCAGGGAGCGCCCCGGAACAAGGUGAUGAUGGGGAGAUCUCGCUGAGGGAGAAGGAGAAGAAAGUUCGUCCCUUCUCCAUGUUUGACACGGUAGACCAGUCUGCUGCCCCGCCUGCCUUUGGUGCCUUGAGGAAAAAUCAGAGCAGCGAAGAUAUCCUCCGGGAUGCGCAGGCUAUAAAUAAAAAUGGUGUGAAAGUACCGCCUCCGGUUCCUACUAAACCCAAACAAAUUAGUUUGCCGUACUUGGGACAAACGAAUCCGCCACCGUCAGACAGUAAGGCCGAUGGCAGCCCUCAGCAGUAUUCAGCAGCUGUGGCAUCCGUGGGAAAUAAACCCAAAAUGACAGGACCACGGCAGCAGAGGGUCCUGCUGUCUCCCAGCAUGCCUUCAGCUGGCCAAGACCAAGCCCUUUCUCCAGGUUCCAAGCAAGAAAGUCCACCUGCUGCCGCUGUCCGGCCCUUUACCCCUCAGCCUUCCAAGGACACCCUCCUCCCCCCCUUCCGGAAGCCACAGACCGUGGCAGCAAGCUCAAUAUAUUCCAUGUACACCCAGCAUCAGGCUCCUGGGAAAAACUUCCAGCAGGCCGUGCAGAGUGCGUUGACCAAGACACACAGCAGAGGGCCACCCUUCUCGAGUGUAUAUGGCAAGCCUGUCAUCGCUGCUGCCCAAAACCAGCAGCAGCACCCGGAGAACAUUUACUCCAGUCACCAGGGCAAGCCUGCCAGUCCGGAACCCGAGACCGAGCCUGCUGCGGCUGGUCCGGAGAACCACGAGCAAGAAAGAAUCCCUCGCCCACUCAGCCCAACCAAGUUGCUGCCUUUCUUGUCGCAUCCUUACCGAAACCAGAGCGACGCCGACUUAGAAGCCCUACGCAAGAAGCUGUCGAAUGCUCCCCGGCCACUGAAGAAGCGCAGCUCGAUCACGGAGCCCGAGGGUCCGAAUGGGCCAAACAUUCAGAAACUUCUCUAUCAGCGGACCACCAUAGCUGCUAUGGAGACCAUCUCGGUCCCCUCAUACCCGCCCACUAAGUCCACUGCCGGCACUGCCAGCUCCGAGAGCCCCGCCGAGAUCCCGAAUCCUUACUUACACGUGGAGCCAGAGAAGGAGGUGGUCUCUCUGGCUCCUGAACAAGUGUCCCCAGAGGAAGCAGGGAGUGCCAGUACCGAGAGCAGUGACAUGCCAGCUCCUGCUCCGGGAUGUGACUAUUUGUCUGAAGGGGUCUCGGACUGCAGCCCGAAUCUGCAGAUUAACUUAGAGGCACCAAAUCCAGAGGCCCCCCAUCUGCUAGAAGUGUAUCUGGAGGAGUACCCCCCGUACCCACCCCCGCCGUACCCAUCUGGGGAGUCUGAGGGGCCGGGAGAAGACGCAGUGAGCAUGCGCCCACCCGAGAUCACAGGGCAGGUUUCCCUGCCACCAGGCAAAAGGACAAACUUACGCAAGACAGGCUCAGAACGGAUUGCUCAUGGGAUGAGGGUGAAGUUCAACCCUCUGGCUUUACUUCUAGAUUCAUCUUUGGAAGGAGAAUUUGAUCUUGUGCAGAGAAUUAUAUAUGAGGUUGACGACCCGAGCCUGCCCAAUGACGAAGGCAUCACGGCCCUUCACAACGCUGUGUGUGCGGGCCACACAGAGAUCGUCAAGUUCCUGGUGCAGUUUGGUGUGAAUGUCAAUGCUGCUGAUAGUGACGGAUGGACCCCCCUGCACUGUGCGGCCUCGUGUAACAACGUCCAGGUGUGCAAGUUCCUGGUGGAGUCCGGAGCGGCGGUGUUUGCCAUGACCUACAGUGACCUGCAGACUGCGGCGGACAAGUGCGAGGAGAUGGAGGAGGGCUACACGCAGUGCUCCCAGUUCCUCUAUGGAGUCCAGGAGAAGAUGGGCAUCAUGAAUAAAGGAGUCAUUUACGCACUUUGGGAUUAUGAACCUCAGAAUGACGACGAGCUGUCCAUGCGAGGAGGAGACUGCAUGACAAUCAUCCGCAGGGAGGAUGAAGACGAAAUUGAGUGGUGGUGGGCUCGCCUGAAUGACAAGGAAGGCUACGUUCCACGCAACCUGCUGGGACUCUACCCAAGGAUCAAACCAAGACAGAGGAGCUUGGCCUGAAACACUACAGAGUUUUCGUUCAUGAAGAAAUCUGUUGUUGCUAAGAAGAAGCAAUAACAUGGUAUUUUUGGGGAAAAACAAUUUUUUUUUACAAGAUUUAAUGACAAUGUAGCUUGGAAGCACUAGGAAUGCUCUGGAAGAAAAUGAAGGAUCGAAUGAAGAAUCAGUUCCCUCUUCAGGGAGGACGACAUUCAGCCCAGGGAAACAGGCUCCGAAGGAAGCUGGCUGGCGGUGCUGCCUGGGGCCCAGGUGCUCCUGACCUCCCUCAGAAAGACAGGGACAAUCCUGGGCUUUUUUCCAAAAAACAAGAGAGACAUUCAUUUUGCUAGUGGGAGAGCCAGCUUUAAGUCCUGCUCUGUCGGCCCUGUAGCACCUGCCCUGGCA